AUGAUGGGAGGAACUUGUUUAUGUAUCAAAGCAAAAUGGGUGACAUUAAAAUCAUGGUUAGUACCUUCUUCUUUAAAAUUAUUACAUCGACGACGACGACAUAAUAAAAAAGAAUAUUAUCAACAACAACAACAAAUGCAAGAAAGACGACCUUCUCACUGUACUAGUUGUUCAUCACAACCUUCAGAUUUACAAGAUGAAGAUCGCCAAGCCUACUCGUUUUUCAAACGCCGGUCAAGUCAGAGUUCACAAAUGACGUUGACUGAUUUACAACGUGAAGCUGAUAAAAUCUAUGAUUUAUUCUUGUUAGCUAUGGAUGAGUUGAAUUAUGCGGGUGACUCACAAGGUACAUUUUAUUAUGUCAAUGAUCGUGUUAGCGCGCAAGAAGCUAUUGAAAAUUUUUCGUGUGCAUCUAUGCAAUUAUUGACCAAAGCACAUGAUCCUCAAUUCAAAUCUCAAUUACAAGCAAUGGUACGACCAAGAUUAUUACUAUUACAAAAAAAAUUCAAUGCAUUACCUGAUGAAGAUGAUCCUCUGACCCAUCGUCAAUCUCUUUAUUGUUCAUAA